UCUGAGUAAAAAACAACUUAAAGUGGUUUAAGUUGUUCUUUAUUACAAGAGUUAGUAUGUUUUUCAUUUUAAAUGUUUUAAAGCUGUUAUAGUUUUACUGUUCUAUACAAUUUAUUUAUAGUUAUGGCAGAUGAAGAUUUUUGGAAUGAAAGUCAGGUUAAGACAUCUGCCAAAAUUUUCAGUUUCGACGAUAGAGAGAAUGAGGGUGGUCUUGGAGAGUCAAGCAGCCUUCAGAUGUGUGGUAUUUCACUUGACGGCACUGCCCAGCUGUUCCAGCAGGUACAAGCAGGUCUGAGACAGAGUGACUCCGAUGGUGCUUCCAUUGCAGACAACAAGAACGCUACACAGUUUGAGCUUCAUCAGCUUAUAUCAGAGAAAUCUCUGAACUGUAUGUUGGAAGCGGACUCACCUCAAUACAUGACAUUGAAAACUGGUCUCGACUCAGCAGAAGAGGUUCGAAUACUCCGCAGGCAACUUGAGGAGAUGUGGACGACGCCAGAUCCCAAGAAAACAGUCCGGAAGAUGAUGCUGAAGCAGCCGUUUAUGUUGGAACUGUUUCGUUCAAUCGAGUCCAAGAAACAACUUCUUCGAGAGGCCGUCGCUGUGGGAGACGGAGACUCCAUUUUGACUGUUGUGAUCUUCUUGUCGCGGACAUUGAAGAAAACGUAUUUCAAUCAGAUUCUGCUCGAGUUGCCAGUGGCUGCUACACACUACGUGGCGUACUUGUCUACACGUGUACGAACUGCCGAGCUCACUGAUCUUCUCGAAAUGCUGGGGAAGAACAAGGACGCUUCGAUGAAGCAGUUUGAGAUGGCAUCCCAGAGCACUCAACGUCAACUGCAACGGCUGAUGGUUUGUGCGAAGAACCAUGUGUUCGACAAUAAAGACUACCAUAUAUUGGACAGUUAUAUAAAGUUUUUAGAAUGGCAAGGAGAAAGUCACAUAGAAGGAGACUCUGUGGUGGACUGCCUAUCAGAGUUGUGCGAGAAACACUGGGGUGAAGUGAAGGGACCCUUGUCUCCAGCAUGUUUCACCCAGCAGCAGCGAGUCAGUGAUAAACAGUAUCAGUGGACGGCCAUCAACGCCCGAGCCAAGCUGCAGGCCUGGCCAGACAUACAGGCACUCCUCACUGCCAAGGGCUGGCUGAGGGGUCCCAAGUUGCGUGUGUCACUGCCGAUGGAACAUGUGAUCACAACCCUCCACAGCUGUGGAGCACCACAAGACGUGCUCUACACGUUCCUCCAGCUGGUAGACAAUCUGGACAAGCGGCUGGCAGUGGCUCGGCUCGUGGCGUGUGACAAGGCCAUCAUAGAGGCAUCUAUGACGUUAAGGGACAGGCAGUCACUCCCGAGUUUCCGGGCAACACUACCUUCCAGUUAGUCGACAAGAUCCUGACACAAGUGACUUUGAUUGUGGGCGAAUUUUCAGAUGCUUUCUGUUUGUGUAAAUAAUGUAACUAUUUCAUUUUCCUCAAAGUGUAAGAUUAAAGAACAUUUUCUGGUGUUUUUGGAAACAAACACAGAAGUGAAUGAGGUUGCUGUGAUAUUGCCUUUAUAUGUACAUCUAUUAAUACUGUAGUAUUUUGUUAUAUUAUUUAUAUAAAAUAAAAUAGUAUUGUUUUUA